GAUGUCUGACAAGGUCUUGACAGCGAAAAGAAUAGAAUAUCUAUUUUCCUUUCCUCUAAUGAUAGAGAUCCGAUACGUGAAAUUGAAAGAUUGUGUUGUGUGGCAGCUUAGCAGUAAUUUUUAUCAGUUUAUAAUUGUGGUUUGUGAGUGUGCACUUAGCUUAGCCAAUUUGAUGAUCGCUCAUUUGCGAUUUGCGUACUGAUCCCUUAUCUGUUUUGAUAGUGAUGGUUUUCAACUCGUGAAAUCUAUAUAUUUAUGUUACAUGCUACCAGAUAUUUGAAAAUAAAGAUGCCUUUAUUCGGGAAAGAGAAAAAAGCGAAAAAGGAUGGUAAAGAUUCAGAUAAACAGCCUUCAAUCGAAGACAAGUAUUAUCUCAAGGAACUGCUGGGCACAGGAGCAUUUUCCGUUGUGAGAUUAGCUGAGAGUAAGGAGAGACCAGGCCAAAUGUAUGCAGUGAAAAUUAUUGACAAAAAGGCCUUGAAGGGAAAGGAAGAUUCCUUAGAAAAUGAAAUUAAAGUCCUUCGAAGGCUGACCCACACUAAUAUUGUUCAACUCUUAGAAACUUUUGAGGAUAAAUCAAAGGUUUACCUUGUUAUGGAACUUGUGACUGGUGGAGAACUUUUUGAUAGAAUUGUAGAGAAGGGAUCCUAUACUGAAAAAGAUGCAGCUGAUUUAAUAAGACAGGUACUAGAAGCUGUAGAUUAUAUGCAUGAGCAAGGAGUGGUACACAGGGACUUGAAGCCUGAAAACCUUCUCUAUUACAACUCUGAUGAAAAUAGCAAAAUUAUGAUUAGUGAUUUUGGUUUAUCUAAAAUGGAAGAUUCUGGAAUAAUGGCAACUGCAUGUGGCACUCCAGGUUAUGUGGCACCAGAGGUUCUUGCACAAAAGCCUUAUGGGAAAGCUGUAGAUGUUUGGAGUAUAGGAGUAAUCUCCUACAUUUUACUUUGUGGAUAUCCACCUUUUUAUGAUGAAAGUGACGCAAAUCUCUUUGCACAAAUACUUAAGGGUGAAUUCGAAUUUGAUCCCCCCUACUGGGAUGAGAUCAGUGAUUCUGCUAAAGAUUUCAUUCGAAAACUAAUGUGUGUAAAUGUCGAAAAACGUUUCACCUGUAAAGAAGCUCUAGCACACCCCUGGAUUUCUGGUAAUGCAGCUAGUAAUAAGAAUAUUCAUGGCACUGUUUCUGAACAACUUAAAAAGAAUUUCGCGAAAUCACGUUGGAAGCAAGCAUAUCAUGCUACUACAGUUAUUCGUCAGAUGCAACGAAUGGCGCUCAGCAGUGGAAGCAGUGGAGGUAAAAGUCCCAUACCUGAACGUAACGCUACAGUUGCGGACUCCACAGAGGGGCCCAAUGGUACACAGGAAAAGUAAACUAAUAUCCAUAUGUAAGCUAACAAACUGCUAUUCUCUCACCAACUGUUAAACAUUGUUCUUGCAGAGUUCUACAAUUGUUUUUGACAAUAUAUAAGGAUGGCUAAAAAAAAAAUCAAAUUUGCAGUGAUACCCUACUACUAUAGAAAGUAGAAUGCGGUUUUUCCUGACAAAAAUUCUGAAUUCCAUUAAUUUUUACUCGCCUAAAGCCGCAACCAGACGUACGCACAACUGUACGCUUUUUUGUAGGUUGACUACAAUGUUUUCCGUCAAAAAAUUACUAUAUAUGCAUUUUCCGUCAAAAAAUUACUAUGCAGGAUGCGUUAACUUCACCGACACCGUUUGUGUGUUCGUCUGGAUGCGGCAUUAAAGAUUCGAAUUUUGUGCUAAGAUGCCCCAAUAAAUGUGGAUCAAUUCUAUUUAUUUUUAGUUCAAUAUGUAAUUUGAUAUUAUAGGUUGUUUAAUAGAUUUUAUAUGAAUCUUUUAAACUAUCACAACAAUUUUUUUUGUUAGCCAUUCCUCAUCAUUCAGAUGUGAGCUUUGUUUAUCUACAGACAUACUUUUAUAUGCUUAACAUAAAGUUUAAGGCUUUCCUGGUCAUUGGUUGACCUUGGCUCAUUCAAAAGAAGACUUCCAAGUGAAAUGUGAUGCAAUUUGUAAAGAAAGAUAUAUAUCUUAACAUACCUGUGCACCAUAUCUUUAACCAAAUUUAAAAUUAGAGAAUUUCAAUAGGUGUUAAAUGUAUGAGUGUUUCUUUGUUAGCUCUUUUAUCUUCAAGUUUCACUAGCGAUUUAGUGUUGACCCAAAUAACUGAGAAAUGCUGUUUUCUUUCAGUGUUGUAUUUGUUACAAAAAAUUUCAUGAAAUUGAUAUAAAUCAACUCAGGAAUCAAUGCCAAUGAAUUAGAAAUGUUCCUUUUUUCAAAUAUAUUCAUAUAUUCUUCAUGUUUCUGGUAGAUAUUUUCUAUGGAGCAUACUUUAAAUUUGAUCAUUGGAGUUUUUUUGGUUGUGAAUAGUAACUUUGCUCUUGAAACUGAGAUGGAAUGAAACUGCUUGAAACAUCAGCAUUUUUGAAUUUUAAAUAGUGCUUCACUUCAUGAAAAAGCUUUUGUCUUCAUAAAAGUUUGAUGGACCCGUUAUUUUUUAUGAUUCUAAGGUAAUUUCCUCAGUACUUAUUUCAGUAAUUGGGUGCACAUCGCUCAAGUUGACUUUGCAAUGGCCUAAACUAACGUUCCUCAAAGUAGGUCUGAACUAGGUGACAAAAUCUUCAUUAUAUACAGUCUGUCCAAAGUGGGUGAUUUACUCAGGUGAUACAAAAAUUGAAGCUCUCUAAUUCUGAUGUUUAUAUUUGAAGCAUGACUGCUUUUUUAUAAUUUUUGAAAAAUAUCAAAACAUGCCAUGACUAGUUGCAUUUUUGUAGGUUAUGUUUAGUAAUUUUAUAUUUAGUAAUUUUGGUUUAAAUGUAGAUUUUGACACAAAAUAUAUUGUGUAUAAAUAUUUUUGUAGAUAGUUGAGAAAUGAUGUUGAUCUACUAGCUUCUAUUUGUUAUACCAGAAAUAUAUCAUUUAGUGCCCUACCUUAUUGAAAUUGGGUUUAGGAUUUGGCCACAUGAAGUUUCUCGUAGUCUGGCAUUUAAAAUUUGCAUUCCUUCUUGAGUUCCAAAAUUGCACUUGAAAUUCAAACGUACCAGGGGAGAUCUUAUACAAAAUCAUUCCAAAGUUUUUCCAAUUAUCUGAAAUGAACAAAAGGAAUCUGUAUUGAAAAUUACAGAAUCAUGAACAAUUUUUCGAAAUGUUUAUUUUUAUAUAUGAUUAUUGUCGAUUUAUUGCCAUUCAAUUUGAAUUGAAACAUUAAAAUCAUACAUUCCAUUUCUUUGAAUACUUAAGUCAAAUGAUAUUUUUCGAUUAAUUUGGUACUCUGCUGAGCAAUAAUUCUCAAAAAAACACGUUUCCAGACGAGUUUGAACUGCUUACUUGGAACAACAGAUUUAUAUACGCUGAUAUUUAAAUUGUUUUGAAUCUUUUUAGUUUAUGAAUACUACUGGUGGAUAAAUUUGUUGAAUAUUGUCAUACUCAUGCGACUUGCCCCUCUCUAUUGGUUUACAGAUAAUUUAGGCCUAUAUUCUUGCCUAUUGGAGUCAUAUUGGAAAAAUCCGUCCUUUGACGUAACGUAAAUAAAUUUUAUUAUCAUCCUACCAAGUAACACCUGCAUGUGAUAUUAUUUCUCUUUACACAUUUUUAUUUGCUAGCUCAUCAGCCACAUCGACCUUUUAAUUAGUUGUAGGUUCUUUUGAAAUUAUUUAAUAUUAAGUCCAAAUACUUAAUUCAAUUCAGAGUAGAGUACAUAAAUCAUGUUUCUCUUAAGGAUGAUUAGGUGUGAAAUCUGCUUUGGUAAAUAUUCAAAUAAAAUGAAUUUUUUAGCAUCUCUUAUCUUAGUGGCUUGAGCAUAGCCUAAGUGAAAUCAGAAAAAAUCUUUCAUCUUCAAGCUUCACAAAAUUCGAAAUUUUUCCUAGAAGAAAUUAUUAUUUUCUCCUUUUGAUGGAGUUGAUCUAGUGUUGAGGAUCUAAUAAGAUAAUAUGAAUGCAGCUAAAUAACAUCAUUUCUGUCAUUCUAUUUAACAUAUAUAAGAUGAUGUAUUAGCAAAUUAAUGUUGUUGCUUUGAAUACUAUUAAAUGCAGAUUUCUCCUUUUCUUCCUGUAGAUAUUCAUAUUCUCGCCACACAAGUACUUUUAUUUAUUUUCAAUUCGAUUUUACUUAUUUUUUCUCGAAUUUGGAGUCGAACCCCCGAUGGGUUUCUUAAUAUAUAUAUAUAUUAUAUGGACAACAAUAUUCUAUCAUUUGAAAAUUUUCAAUCUGUCCAAUGGAAACAAUAAUAUUCACCUUAUUUUUCCUAUCAAUAUAAUCCCGUGAUGAUAUUAGUAGACUUCUGCUUUAUGUGUAAUAAAGCACUUCUUUACUGUACAGUAAAUCAAAUAUAUACAUCGAGUUUAAUAUCGCUAAAGCCAUUCCGAUGGUUUUAAUGCAUGACACGCUAUAAUGCAGUGUAGCAUUCCUGUAAUUCUAAUUUUUGGUCUGUGGAUCCGAUCUGAUUUUGUUACUAGAGUAGUUGCCUAAUUAUAAUUUAAUUAGACCUAAGAGAAUUUUGAAGGUGAUGUAUAACAUAUGCAGUUUUCAGAUACUUUAAUUACUGUUAAAAAUAUUUGUUUGAGAUGAAUUAAUAUAUUUUCUAAUUUUCAUUGUUAAAAAUGGGUUUUAAUAUAGAAGUUUUAAAUUUA